UUCAUUAAGAUAACAAACAAUUGUUCAUAAAAAUGAACUCAAUCGUUGCCGGAAUAGUGCUUCUCAGUGUGUUGCUUCACAGCAAUCCGGCGUUUGCCACAAGCUACACCGUUGGAGACGGAUCGGGUUGGAAGUUCAACGUCGCCGGCUGGGAAAACGGCAAAAAAUUUAAGGCAGGCGACACUCUAGUUUUCAAGUACGCUCCGGGUGCCCACAAUGUGGUGGUCGUGGACAAGGCUAGCUAUGACGCUUGCGUUGUGCCCGGAAAUGCGAAAACGUUUGCAUCCGGCAACGACGUGGUAACACUUGGCAAAGGCCCAAACUACUUCAUUUGUGGCUUUCCUCAACACUGCGAAUUUGGGAUGAAGAUUGCUGCUAAUGCUGCUUAA